AUGGAGUUCUUGUUCAGAAUUGUUGCAGUAUGUUGUAUAGGAUUUCGAAUAAAUUGUAUAUUUAUAUGUACCGAUCCAACUUUACUGAAAUCUGUUAGAAAUUGUGAAAAACUUGAAGGUUAUUUGAUAGAAGCGACUACAACCAGCCUGAUGAAUUGUGGUAAAGAAUGUGUUUAUCAAACGAAUUGUUUAUCGUUUAAUUACAAUACACAAACUGGAAGAUGUGAAUUAAAUCGUAAUGUUAAUUCAUCUUCAUCUCCCUUAAUCAGUUCUCCGGGAUUUUUAUAUUCCGACAAAUCUAAUUGGAUAAAUGUUGUUACUGAUCCCUGUCGAGAUGUUACUUGUUUGGAUAAUGAGAAAUGUGUUGUGAAGAAUGAUACGGGUGUUUGUAUAAAAUAUGACUGUUAUAUUCCAUCGGAAAUGUUGUAUUCUGGUGAACCGCUUUAUUCUGGAACGGUUCACGGAUAUGACGCAGUGUAUAACUGUUCCGGUCCUGGGGUAGUUCGUGAAGACGUAACCUUGACCUGUCAACCGAAUGGACAAUGGGUAGGUCGACAGUGUAGAAAAAUAUCAACUUGUUUACAAAUUAAACAGUGUGAAAAAUACAAUUAUACUGAUGGAGAAUACUGGCUUUACCCACAAGUAUACGACAGUACUAAAAGGGUUAAAAUAUACUGUCACGGUCUCAAUACGACUACACCUAAAGAGUACGUCACUUUAAUUAACGAAAAUAUAGUUAGGUCUGGCACUAAUAUAGCCUCGCUAAGAAAUAACGGUCAAGACUGCGUUUCUCGGUCCACUACCCAUCCCAAGUUCGGUGCAGCUAAGUUCAACAAAAUGCGUGUUGAUCCAUAUGUUAUGUUUGUUAAUGUAUCUGAUAUGACGUUCACAUCGGAGUCGGUUGGAAUCCAGCAGUAUGGUAAUACUUUUGAUUGCACAAGUCGCUCCGCGGCCUGUGAUAUAUUUAGGCGCGGAUAUGCUAAAAUUGAUACUAGCCAUACAGGACUGAUAGUUUCAAGAAAUGUCGAGUGGGUGACUUAUGGUUGGCAGCCAGUAAAAUGGUACUUUAAUAGAACCAGUGACCAAGUUAUUGAGAUGCUUUGUUCGGGACAUUGUGGUGGGUGUGGAACCAGAGGGUUGCUUUAUCUCGUGCCAGAUUCUUCUGUAAACGUGCCUACUGACAGUGCAAUAGAAGUUAACUGUUUAUGA